UGCCUACUACCUCUAGAGAGAGAUACAUUUGCGUGUGCGCGAGUGUAGAGAGAACGAGGGAGAGAUAGCGGGUGUCCCUGCUCUGGAGUCGACGGUUGCCGCAGCAUCCAGUCUCGGUAGCAGUUCCAUUCAUAAAAAAAAGGCAACCCGAACGACUGAGAAGUGGAAAGCAGCGCCAUCAGUGAGCGGAAAGAAACCAAAUACAAAUUAUGGAUGCUGGCAGUCGGUUACCAGUAGCAGCGGAGGGGACCGGUACGGCGGACACAAUCACCGCCACGAUCAAGGUGGAGGUGGUGGAUGCGGCGGAACAGAAGCAGCAGAAGCAACAGCCGAGCGAUCAGCACCACCACAGUGUUGGCGUUGAGGAGGAUGAGGGUGGCGGUACGAAGCGUACAAGACGUUCAUCCGCUGCUGAUCCAAUUGCGGAGCGACCCGCCGGCCCCGACGACGACAUUGAACGGCGACGAGAAAGUGGCGAAGGACGUGCGACCAUCGAUCGUCGCGGUAGCAGCGGAAGCAACAGUAGCGGCGCUAGCAGCAGUAGUAACAAAAACAACAACCACAGCAGCAGCAGCAGCAGCAGCAGUAGUAGCAGCGGCAGCAGUAAGAAACAGCGCAGUGAUAAGCUGCACCAGUUUACGGAUGUGCUGCUCGAGCGCAACCUAAGUAGCAACUCGUCAGCGGCAACCGCCGCCGCCUACCACCAUAAUAAUAUCAAUGACAGCAACAACAACAACAAUGGUCGCAGCAGUAGUGUGCGCGGAAGCAAGCGAUCACUCGAUAUGACUACCUCCAUGCUUAUGCUGCAGCAACGGCGCCAGGCUCAGCUUGUUGGCCAACAGGCGGACACCAUUUCGGCCUUCGAUAAAGGUGCUGAUGGGUACGAGCAACAGCAGCAAUCGCAUGCCGCCGCAUCAUUGCCGCCACCGCCGCCACUUGCCGAUGAAGCUGAUCAGCAACACCACCACCACCACCACCACCACAGCCAAUGGCGUCGCAAGUGUCCGAUUUGCGACGAGCUGCUGGCAAGCAACCACGAUCUGACCGAGCACGUCCGUUCGCAUCAUGCCGUGGAGCAGCAACAGCAGCAGCAGCAGGCCUCGUCCGGGCGGGAAUCGGCGCAGAGUGUCGGCGCUGCCAGCGGCACCACCAGUACCUUUGUCUGCAAAAUCUGCUCGAAGGUACUGUCGUCGGCUUCGUCGCUCGAUCGCCACGUCCUGGUGCACACCGGCGAACGACCGUUCCACUGUAAGCACUGUGCGCUCACCUUCACCACGAACGGGAACAUGCAUCGGCAUAUGCGCCUGCACAAGAACUCGCCCGGGCGCGACAGUAUCGAGCAGCACAGCAGCAGCGGCGACGGUGGUGCCACCGGUAGCGAAGGUGGCGUACUGCCACCGGCGGCUUCUUCCGAUGGUGGUGGUGGUACCUCCUCCUCCUCCUCCGCCACCGCUGGCGGCAAGGUUCGCCGGCGAAAGCGUGCCGAGCCGCAGCAACAACAGCAGGACCAGUUGAUCGUAGCGGCCACCGCAGCAGCAGCAGCAGCAGCAGCAUCGCACCGGUCCAGAUUCGAAGCGGGGGAGCAGGAAGAGCAGGAAGACCGUAAGCAGCUAAACCAGCAGUUAAUGGAGGAGAUGAAGCCGCAGCAGCAGCAGCAAUUGGAGAGCGGUGAUGACGAGGAAGAGGAGGAACCACAUCCUGGUGGUGAUGGUGGUGGGCGUCGUCGCCGUCGUCGCCGUCGACGCCGUACCGCCAUUAUUGCCCACUGCGUAGAUGAACAGCAGGGGCAACAACACGAGGAAGAGAAGGAGGAGGAAGAAGAAGAACAGGAGCACGAGGAUGAUGGCGACGAGAUGAUGCUGCUGGUUGGGGGUGGGAAGCGAAGGGCAACACCAUCGGGGAUUGGCGGUGGUGGUGGUGGUGGUGGUGGUAAGCAUCACCGUAAGGUGCGCACGAUCAACAACAACCUGCUGGAGGGUUCGGUGGUUGAGACUGGUGGCGACGGUGGUGGUGACGGUGGCGGUGGUGGCCAGCGCUUCUGUUGUCCGGUGUGCGUGCGCAACGACUUCGGCAGCAUGCUGAUGCUGGAGAACCACCUGGACCGGGAGCAUCCGUCCAUACCGGCCAAGUGUCGCCACUGUGAGACCGUGUUCCGCAGCCACAAAGCGCUGAAUGCGCACCGGUGCUGCAACAACAACUACCAGAACAUCACGCCCGGCUUCAAGGAUCUCACCUUCGUCGACUUCUCGAGCGAGAAGUUUCCGCUGAUUGCGAAAAACUUGUGCGAACAGAGCAUCCGGACGCCGGUGACGAACCAGAAGUACGAGUGCGGCCGCUGCUACCGUGCCUUCCCGUGCUCGCAGACGCUGACCAUGCACGCCGCCGAGUGUGGCGUCGGUGGCGGUAAGAAGCGCAAGCGCGCCCCGAGUGACUCCGAUGCGUCCGAUGUGCCGUCCGAGGUGGCCUCUUCCUCGGACGGUAGUGGGCGUGACACCGAUCCAGCGCACCAACAGCAGUGGCACCAGUCGGCACACCAGCAUCACCACCACCACCACCAGCAGCAGCAGCAGCAGCAGCAGCAGCAGCUAUUGCAUCAUCAUCAUCAGCAGCAACGUCGUGAGGAUUUCUUUGCCAAUCUGGACCUACAGAACCGCUCGAUCGGUGGACUGUCGGAAGCACCGACCACACCGUCCUCGCUGGAGAAGUCGUUCUCUUCCCCGAUGGUCAAACUCGAACCACUCGAUUCACCGACCGGCGGUGGGGGCGGCGGUAGUGCGUCCACCACCAUGCACACGUUGUACUAUCACCACUCCAGCCCAGUGGCCGGUGGUACGGCUCUGUUCCAACACCAUCACCACCAGCAGCAGCAUCUUCAGGAUGGUGGCAAGGAUCUGGCCGAUAUCCAGAGCAUUAUCAACGUGGCAUCGUCGGGCGGGCUGUUUGGGCGGCAGCAGCUGGACGGUGUGACCACCGACAGCAGCCACACCACGCCCCUGUCCGGGCUGGGCGGCGGACUGGGCGAUGGGCUGAUGGGCAAGGACUGUGGCGGUAGCACCAGCAGCGUGUACGCCCAUUCGACCGGUUCCCGCGGUGAUGACGGGGAGGAGGCCCAGGACGCGUUUACGGCCGAGUUCCGGCGCAUGAAGCUACGGGGCCAGUUCCCGUGCCGGAUCUGUACCGCGGUCUUUCCGAACCUGCGGGCACUCAAGGGCCACAACCGGUCGCACGUGACGGCGGCCGGACCGGGACCGUACCAGUGCAACAUGUGCCCGUACGUCAUCAACGAUAAGGCCACCCUGAUCCGCCACAUGCGCACCCAUAACGGGGACCGACCGUACGAGUGUGCCCUGUGUAACUACGCGUUCACGACGAAAGCGAACUGCGAGCGGCACCUGCGGAACCGGCACGGGCGGACGACGCGGGACGACGUGAAGCGGGCCAUCAUCUAUCACCCAUCGGAGGACUCGUCGUGUGAGGAUCCGCUGAAGAAGCUGCACCUGUUCAAUACACCGCCCGCCGACUAUGAGCCGACCGGGGCGACCACCGGCCAGCGCCAUCAUCACCACCACCACCACCAUGCCGCCCUGCUCGGUGGCUACGAUGAGCAGCAGCAGCUGAAGGACCACCUACAGCAGCAGCAACAGCAGCGCAGCAGCACACCACUGUCAUCGACUUCGUCGCACUUGAAGGAUAUGCUGGUGCCACCGGUGGCACUACCGCCGCUGGGUUACGUUUCCGGCACCACCAUCACCACCAACCCACUGCUCGACACUAGCCUACUGCUGCAGACACCUCCUGGCGGCGGCGGUGGUGGUGGUUGUGACGGGGGUAGUGUGACUUUUGGAGCGGCAGCCAUCGGGGCGAAGAUUCAGGUGAAGAGUCUGGAGAAACUGAACCAGCUGACACCACCACAGGAGGAGGAGGAGGAGGAGGAGGAGGAGGAACUGCAGGAGAGCUACGGACCGCUCAACGAUACGAGUGGCGAACUAACACCGAUACCACCACCACCACACCGUCCAAAGCAGCAACCUACGGUAGCAGCAGCAGCAGCAGCAACCGUACCGACCCAGCGUCCCAUCGAUCUGAGCAUGGACGCGCUCGAUUUGAGCAAGAAACCGUCGAGCUCGAGCAGGAAGGUGGCUGCCACCACCACCGACGAAGAUGAUGACAACGAGGACGAUGAGGUGGACGACGAGGAGCACGAUGAACAGCAGCAGCAGCAGCACUACGAGAAGGGAUCGGUGGUUGAAGCCCGACUGAACGGGGAUAGGAAGUGUAAUGGGGAAGCCGCUGCCGCUGCCACUGGUGCUGAUUCUGCUGAACGGCGGCGCCGUCCCCACCACCGCCAUGGUGCAGAUGUGGAGGAGGUAGAUAACGAGGAAAUCGAGGAGAACGAAGAGGAACACAUUGAAGAGGAGGAAGAGGACUACGAGGACGAGGAAGAGGCUAAUGCAAUCGAAAGCAAACAGAGAUCCGUAGCAGCAGCAGCAGCUGCUGCAGCUGCUGACUAUACCAAGCACCACACAAAGCUGAACCUUUCGGCGCCGCAACCACAGCAGCACCAUCACCAUCAGCAGCAGCUUCAACAGCAACAGCAGCAGCAGCAGCAGCAGCAGCAACUGCUGAUGAGCGAAGCGUUCUCGAAGUUCGAUCAGGUGAACUUUUUGCAGCUGUAUCAGCUCUGCACCCAGCUCAACUCGCUGCAGUUACCCUCGUUCCCGUCGCCGCUACACACGGCUGCCGCCGCCGCCGCCGCCCCAUUCCUGCAGAACUCGAUGCUGGCGGCCGCCGCUGCCGGUGGCCCACUGGGCGAUCUGUUCGGCAAAGACUUUGGCCUUGGUACGUUGCCAAAUUUAGCGGCUGCUGCGGCUGCAGCAGCAGCGGCAGCGGCCGCUUCUACCGGUCGCAGCACCGGUGGGCACUCCUCGCGUGGUGGUGGUGGUGCUGGUAGUGGUGCUGGUGGCAAUACCAACCCAUACGCCUCACUACUGUCCAUGAGUAACCCGUUCCACUCUGGCGCCGCUGAAGCAUCGGUGAAAGGGACCGGAGCAUCAUCGGCCAACCUGAUUGCCGCUCCAUCAUCGACCAGCAGCAGCUCCUCAGCGUCGUCACUACUCCGCCAGUCAUCACCGAUUUCAUCGUUGGCAUCGCCCGGCAGCAAGACAACCACACAUCAUCAUCAUCAUCACCAUUCCCAGGCGGCGGCUGCAGCGGCCGCAGCAGCAGCAGCAGCUGCGGCAGCCGCUGGCUACGGUGUCCCACCACCACCACCACCCGGUGGGACCACUAGUGGUGGUCCGGUCAAAAUGGUCAUCAAGAACGGGGUGCUCAUGCCGAAGCAGAAACAGCGACGGUAUCGCACCGAGCGCCCGUUUGCCUGCGAGCACUGUUCCGCUCGGUUCACGCUCCGCUCGAAUAUGGAGCGCCACAUCAAGCAGCAGCAUCCCCAGUUCUGGUCACAGCGCCAGCGUGGUGGUGGCCAUCACCUGAUGCGCCGUGGCAGUGGGGGACCGUCGGGUGCGGCGGCAGCAGCAGCUGCGGCGGCCGCUGCAGCAGCAGCAGCAGCCGCCACUGCUGCAGCCGGUGGCUCACUGGCCGCCGCUCUGCAAGGUGGCGUGUUCGGUGGACCAGGAACAGGAGCAGGAGGACUAUCUAGUGGCAGCAGCGGCGGUGGUCAAGCUAUCUCGGAGCAGGUCAAGUAUGCGAUCUUGGCGCAGCAAUCGGGCAAGGGAGGACCUGGAGUUGGUGGGCUCGGAUUGCACCCGCUACUACAGAACAUGAUCACGCAUCAGCAGCAGGGUGGUGGUAGUCAAGGUGGUGCCGCAUCCGACCAUUGGAAUGCCUCGAAUGGAGCUGGUGUCGUGCAGCAGGAGCAGCAGCAUCUGUCGCAGGUGAUCACACCGAUACACCACCACCGUUCCAAUCUGACGCUCAGCGAGCGUCGUAGCUAUCAGGACAAGACAUCGGUUUUGCACAAUCACAACCACCACCACGCCCAUCACCGCCAGCAUCGGCAUCGUCGCCGUUGUCUGCAGCCCGAGCUCGAUGAGCUCGAUGAGGAACUGCAUCACCAGCAACAGCAGCAGCAGCAGCAGCAACUGGAACAGGAACGCCACGACGCCAAUCGCCAUGAUAGCGCCGUUUCACCUUUUCCCUCCGACGGCACACUAGCGGAGCGGCCGAAGCACCACGCGGCCAACGAGCGGCGGGAGCAGGACGAAGAAGAGGCGGAGGACGACUCGACCCAGCAGCUCGUAAUCGACGAGGAAGAGGAUGUGAAGGAGGACGAGCAAGAGGAGAGGGAAAAAGAGGAAAGAGAAGGUGCCGGGUCGAAAUCCGACUCGGAGCGUCGUGACGGUGGAACAGAGGUGAUCCCGCAAGCCAACAACAGCACCAGCGGUGGUGAGCAUAAUGGCGGCGGCAGUGGCGUCGUUGCAGCCAUCACGAACCGCAUACUCAAACAGAAGCUGGAACAAGGUCUCAACCUGGGCUCGAGUGCUUCCUCCGAGCAGCAGCAGCAGCAGCAGCAGCAGCAGCAGGUUGCUGCUCAAGCGGUGGCCAAAGAUAUCCUCGAGCAGGCAAAGCAACAACAGGAGCAGCAGAAACAAUCACCACCAGCGCAAUCCAGCGCUAGCGUUAUCGAUGAGGGCAUCAGCAACAGUGACCUGGUGCCGGUUGCCAAACUGCUCGACAAUGCGACACACAACAAUGCGGCGCUGGAAAGUUACUUCAGCAGACCCGAAGUGGUGCCACUGGCACACGAUCACAGCGACGAGGAGGGCCUGGUGGCGUCCGGGUCCGCGUCCGAGAGUAACAACUCCGGCACCGACGAUCCGUACCCAUCGGCGGUCGCGCUGCUGCACCAGCAGCAGAAGAAAAAGUCCGCGUACAGCCUGGCACCGAACCGGGUCAGCUGCCCGUACUGUCAGCGCAUGUUCCCGUGGUCGAGCUCGCUGCGGCGUCACAUCCUCACGCACACCGGCCAGAAGCCGUUCAAGUGCUCCCAGUGUACGCUACUGUUCACCACCAAGUCGAACUGCGACCGGCAUCUGCUGCGCAAGCACGGUGACGUCGAGUCGGCCGUUUCGAUACCGGUACCGAUCGACGAUCUGCUCGAUCCGAAACCGGAACCGAUCCCGGUAGCCGUGGCCGAGGCGAUGAACAAACGGUCGUCCGGUGGUAAGCAGCAGCAGCCGUCCAGCAAGGGUGGCACUGUCUCAGCUGCUGCGGGUACCGGCAGCGGGCCGGCGGCGGCAGGCUUACCGGGCCUGGCGCCCACCGAGCUAGAGCCCCUGGACGGUGGCGGCGGUCUGUCAGCAACAGUGGAACAGCAGGGCCAAGAAGAAGAGGACAAUGAAGACGAGGAUGAUACGCCUGGUGAUGAUGCUACUGCGACGCACGUGGUGCGACGGAAGGAACUGCCGGAUGGCGUGACGGAGAGGGUCGAGAAGUCGAACAGUGGGGGGAGAAGCAGCCCCCUAUCAGCUGCUCUAGUAACCAAUGGUAGCACCGCGAGUAGUGACGCUGAAUCGUCAGGUGGUAGUCCCGAUGGGCACAACCUCCGCCAGGAUGCUAGCGGGCGAGUCACCAAGGCAUCUGCGCCGGUUCUGAAUGAUCUCGAGGCGAAGCAAGAAGAGGAGGAGCAGCAGCAGCAGCAGCAGCAGGAGGAAGGGCAGAUCGAUGAUGACGAUGAAGAAGACGAAGCAGCUGUUGGCGGUACCGCCGGCGAUCGCAGCACCGGUCUGGCGGAUCUACCGUUCAAGUGUCAUCUGUGCGAAAGCUCGGCUGCGAACCGGGGCGCCUGUCUCGAGCACAUGCGCCAGUGUCAUCCGCAGGACUUUGAAGCGCUACGGUCGAAGGUGGCACUAGACGCGGCUGGUGGUGGUGGUGGUGGUGGUGCUAGUGGCGGUGACAGUGACGGCCAGACAGUGACCACCAACUCGCCGGAUGAGGAGGAUGAGAGCGGCAACAAUGAUACGGCUACGUGCAGUCCCAGACUCCAUAGUAACAACAACAACAACAACAACAAUAGUCACAGCAACAACAACAACAACAACAACAACGGUGGCAAGUAUCCCGACUAUGCCAACAGGAAGGUUAUCUGCGCCUUCUGUAUGCGUCGCUUCUGGUCGGCGGAAGACCUGAGACGCCAUAUGCGGACACACUCCGGUGAGCGACCGUUCCAGUGUGACGUUUGCAGUCGCCGCUUCACCCUCAAACACAGCAUGCUGCGCCACCGGAAGAAACAUGCCAUCAACGGGUGCGGCGGCGGUGGCGGCGCUUCUCACCAUGACCGGCAUUCGUCUCGGCGAGUUUCCACCGGCCCCAACCCCUCCAACGGCUACCGCUACCACGACCGUGACGACGAUGAUUACCACAGUGGUCGAUCCGACCUCAGCGACGAAGACUACUCGUCUUCCUCCGCCUCGGCCUCACCCAGUCCGUCCACUCCGGCGCUCCCAACGGCAGGCCGGCUCGUCAGGAAGCAAAGGAAGCAGCAGCAGCACCACCAGCUGCACUACAACAACUCGGAACUGAUUGGCAAUCUGCUCGGCAUCAGCGACCAGGGCAUCCUUAGCCGGGUGCUGCUCUCGUCCGCAUCCGAAGCGGCCAAGCUGUUGGGUGUACACAAGUAGUAGCAGCACUUGUAUGUACGGCGGCCGUCUGUGUAUAGUCUGUGCUUUGCUCCACUCAACACAGCUCCUCAACACGCCUUCGUCGGUGUCGUUGUAUGCCGUUGCCCCCCCCCCCCCCCCCC